AUGUUACAGGAACGGAAACAAAAUGGGCUUCAAGGAAACUUCGCACCCGGCACUGUCACCACCGUCAGUAGCAGUAUCGCUGAGCAGCAGUUCUUGCCAAUAAAAGAAUUCGAAGAAAGCGGUGACAGAAGCAAUAAAAGAGGGAAGUUGUCGCUUGUUCAAGGAUGCAGUAACGGCGGCGGCGGCUGUGGCGGCAGCAAGCCACAGGAAUGGGACUCUUCAAGCAAUAAGCUUUACUUCUACACAUCCACAUACACAGCGACAGACAAUAUAUAUUUGAUAUAUGAAAGGGGAGGAAGGAAGGAAGCAGGGAAAGGAAAGCACGGAAUGGACAACCGCGAACUAUGGAGAUGGAUGUUGGCUGGAUGGAUGGAUGGUUGGAUAGAUGGAUAUAUCGAAAAGCUCCAAUAA